UUGCAGGGUGUCUGGGCUAAACUUCACCAAAUAAUAGCUGUUUGUAUUUUGGCUGCUGCAGGAGCCAUUUUAGGAGGCUGAAAUGAGAAUGGCCAGGUUCUGACUCUAGAGUGCGCAUGUUCUCCUGUUUUCCUCUUUCAAACUGAACGAGUUCCUUCAUUCCUCUCCUCCUUAAAAAAGGCAAUGCAUUGCUCCUGGAGAAGAAGUAAUAUAUACCCCAAAAUUGAUGAUAAUGAAAAUACAGAAGAAAGAAAAACAGCUGCCGAAUUUUAAAGUGCUGAGUCAUUCCCCAAUGUCUGAUGCCUCCCUCACCUUCGAAUGCAAGCCACAGUCCCCUUUUGCCGACAGCACAGAUCAGGAAGAUUUGCAUGACCUGGUGACAAUCUCUGACUUGGCCAGCGUGAGCCUGGCCCAGAAGGACCAGGAGGAUGUGGUAUCUGUGGAGGUACCCAAUGAGAUCAUGCAGACCAUAGUGACUUCCCAUAAUGGGAUGCAGGACGACGGGGGUGGGGGCACCGGAGUGAAGAAGAAACGGAAGAAAAAAGAGCCAGGGCAGCAGGAGCUGGGUGGUGAAAGAGAAGCAAAACCAAAGAGAAAGAGAGAGCCUAAGGAACCAAAAGAACCCAAAAAGCCCAAGGAGCCUAAAAAGCCCAAGGAGCCCAAACAGGAAGGGGCCAAAAAACCCAGGAAGCCCCGGGAGCCCAAAGCCCCGAAGGAGCCUAAAGAGAAAAAGAGCAGCUCGGAGUCUCCCCCCAAAGCCAAGCCCAAGAAGGCCAGCACGGAGCAAGGACCAACUCCUGUUGAGAAGAAGAAAAAGGGAAAAAGGAAAAAUGACACUUCAGUGGACAGUCUCGAGUUGGAUCAAAGCCUCCUCUCACUGUCUGGGCAGAGCCCUGAGGAGUCUGCAGAAUCGGCAGACAGCCAGAAGCGUCGCUCUGGACGCCAGGUGAAGCGCAGGAAGUACAACGAAGACCUGGAUUUCAAGGUGGUGGAUGAUGAUGGUGAAACGAUAGCUGUACUAGGAGCUGGCCGGGCUUCCGCGCUGUCUGCAUCUACUUUGGCCUGGCAGGCAGAGGAGCCUCCCGAGGAUGACGCCAACAUCAUUGAGAGAAUCCUUGCCUCUAGGAUGGUACAGAAGGAGACUUACCCUGGAGGAGCAACUUAUGAACUGGAGGAGUUCUACGUAAAAUACCGCAAUUUCUCUUAUUUGCACUGUAAAUGGGCCACAAUGGAGGAGCUGGAGAAGGACCCACGAAUCUCCCAGAAGAUUAAACGCUUCCGCAAUAAGCAGGCCCAGAUGAAGCACAUUUUCACCGAGCCUGAUGAAGAUCUGUUCAACCCAGACUACGUGGAAGUUGAUAGAAUCUUGGAGGUGGCUCACACAAAGGACUCCGACACCGGGGAGGAGGUGACUCACUACCUGGUGAAGUGGUGCUCAUUGCCUUAUGAGGAGAGCACUUGGGAGCUGGAGGAAGACGUCGACCCUGGGAAGGUCAAAGAGUUUGAGUCUCUGCAAAUCCCACCUGAGAUCAGAUCCUUGGAGCGUCCUGCCUCUGAGUCCUGGCAAAAGCUGGAGAAGUCACGGGACUAUAAGAACAACAACCAAUUGAGGGAGUACCAGCUGGAGGGAAUGAAUUGGCUGCUUUUUAACUGGUACAACAGGAAAAACUGCAUUCUGGCUGAUGAAAUGGGUUUGGGGAAGACAAUCCAGUCUAUUACGUUCCUCUCUGAGAUUUACCUGAUGGGACUUCGGGGUCCAUUCCUCAUCAUUGCCCCACUCUCCACCAUCACAAACUGGGAGCGGGAGUUCCGUACAUGGACAGAGAUUAAUGCCAUUGUGUACCACGGUAGCCAGAUAAGCCGCCAGAUGAUCCACCAGUAUGAGAUGGUGUAUCGAGAUGCACAGGGCAACCCUCUUCCGGGGCUCUUCAAAUUCCACGUAGUCAUCACCACCUUUGAGAUGAUCUUGGCUGACUGCCCAGAACUGAAGAAGAUCCAGUGGCGCUGUGUGGUCAUUGAUGAGGCCCAUCGGCUCAAGAACAGGAACUGCAAAUUACUGGAAGGGCUGAAGCUCAUGUGUCUGGAACACAAAGUGCUGCUGACUGGGACACCCUUGCAGAACUCCGUGGAGGAACUUUUCAGCCUGCUCAACUUUCUGGAGCCACAGCAGUUUCCAUCUGAGACAGCCUUCCUGGAGGAAUUUGGGGACCUCAAGACAGAGGAGCAGGUAAAGAAGCUCCAGUCCCUCUUGAAACCCAUGAUGCUGCGACGGCUGAAGGAUGAUGUGGAGAAGAAUCUAGCGCCCAAACAGGAGACCAUAAUUGAGGUAGAGCUGACCAACAUCCAGAAGAAAUAUUAUCGGGCCAUCCUGGAGAAGAAUUUCAGCUUCCUGUCCAAGGGUGCUAACCAGCACAACAUGCCCAACCUCAUCAACACCAUGAUGGAACUGCGCAAGUGCUGCAACCACCCCUACCUCAUCAAUGGGGCAGAGGAGAAGAUCCUGGAGGAUUUCCGUAAAACGCACAGCCUAGAUGCUCCUGACUUCCAGCUGCAGGCGAUGAUCCAGGCAGCAGGCAAGCUGGUGUUGAUUGAUAAGCUGCUGCCGAAGCUGAUUGCUGGCGGGCACAAGGUGCUGAUCUUCUCGCAGAUGGUGCGCUGCCUUGAUAUCCUGGAGGAUUAUCUCAUCCAGAGGCGAUACACCUACGAGCGCAUUGAUGGGCGGGUGCGUGGGAAUCUACGCCAGGCUGCCAUCGACCGCUUCUGCAAGCCGGAUUCAGACCGCUUUGUGUUUUUGCUCUGUACACGGGCCGGGGGGCUGGGUAUCAAUCUUACUGCUGCUGACACCUGCAUCAUCUUUGACUCAGACUGGAAUCCACAGAAUGACCUGCAGGCUCAGGCCCGCUGCCAUCGGAUAGGGCAAAGCAAGGCAGUGAAGGUCUAUCGCCUCAUAACCAGGAAUUCCUAUGAACGGGAGAUGUUUGACAAGGCCAGCUUGAAGCUUGGCUUAGACAAAGCAGUGCUGCAGGACAUUAACCGGAAGGGGAGCAACAACGGGGUACAGCAGCUCUCCAAAAUGGAGGUCGAAGACUUGUUGCGAAAAGGAGCAUAUGGGGCUCUGAUGGAUGAGGAAGAUGAAGGCUCCAAAUUCUGUGAAGAAGAUAUUGACCAAAUCCUGCAGCGCAGAACCCAGACCAUCACGAUCCAGACUGAAGGGAAGGGCUCCACGUUCUCCAAGGCCAGCUUUGUUGCUUCUGGAAACAGAACUGACAUUUCAUUAGAUGAUCCCAAUUUCUGGCAGAAAUGGGCAAAAAUAGCAGAGUUGGAUACAGAUGCAAAGAAUGAAAAGGAGAGCCUAGUGAUUGACAGGCCCCGUGUCCGCAAACAGACCAAGCACUACAAUUCCUUUGAGGAGGAUGAACUUAUGGAGUUCUCUGAGCUAGACAGUGACUCAGAUGAGAGGCCUACACGCUCACGACGUCUCAAUGAAAGAACACGUCGCUACUUACGGGCAGAGUGCUUCCGUGUGGAGAAGAACCUACUUAUAUUUGGCUGGGGGCGCUGGAAAGACAUCCUGACCCAUGGCCGAUUUAAAUGGCAUCUCAAUGAGAAAGAUAUGGAAAUGAUCUGUCGAGCACUCUUGGUCUACUGUGUCAGACAUUAUAAGGGAGAUGAGAAAAUUAAGAGUUUUAUCUGGGACUUGAUCACUCCAACAAAGGAUGGACAGAACCAGGCCCUGCAGAACCAUUCAGGCUUAUCAGCCCCAGUGCCAAGAGGGAGGAAGGGGAAGAAAACGAAGAGCCAGAUGCUGCUCCCUGAGAUCAAGAAUGCAGACUGGCUCACCACCUGCAACCCUGAGAUCGUCCUUCAUGAUGACAGCUACAAAAAGCACCUAAAACAACAUUGCAACAAGGUGCUGUUGCGGGUGCGGAUGCUCUACUACUUGAAAGCCGAAGUGCUUGGGGAGGCAGCUGACAAAGCCUUUGAAGGAACCCCUGCCAAAGAUCUGGAUUUCCUGCUGCCAGACAUUGACUACGUGGAGAUACCUGUUGAUUGGUGGAAUGCUGAUGCAGACAAAUCCCUGCUCAUUGGAGUUUUCAAACAUGGCUAUGAACGGUACAAUGCUAUGCGAGCUGACCCAGCCCUGUGCUUCCUUGAGAAGGUAGGCAUGCCAGAUGAGAUGCUGCUGUCUGCAGAGCAGAGUGUCAUUGAUGGAGUGCAGGAUGCUCCAGAAAGGGGAAAUGUGGAUAAAGAAGAGAGCAGUGCAGACAAGCUAGAUGGGCUGCAGAAACAGGAGGAGACCUCAGAUUGUUGCGGUGAAGUCACUGAGAAGAAGGAUGACAGUGUGGCAGCCCAGGAUGGCUCCGACCCAGACAAAUCCAGCUGGCCUGUGUCGUCCGCCCUCACAGCCAGACUGCGGCGUCUUGUCACCGUCUAUCAGCGCUGCAACCGUAAAGAGCUACCUUCUAGGCCUGAGAUCAUGGGCCCUUGUAAUCAUGGCUAUUGGCUGCAAGAAGAGAUGUUUAGGAGGGCCAACGAGAUGGAUCCUAUGAACAAGGAGAUGCAGAAAAGGUGGACCAGAAGAGAGCAAGCAGAUUUCUACCGCACAGUCUCUUCAUUUGGGGUCAUUUAUGAUCCAGAGAAGAAGAUCUUUGACUGGACUCAGUUCCGAUCCAUUUCACGUUUGGAGAAGAAAACUGAUGAGAGCUUAGAAAAAUAUUUCUACAGCUUUGUUGCCAUGUGCAGGAAUGUCUGUCGCUUGCCCCACUGGAAAGAAGAUGGCCCAGCAGAUCCUAGUAUCUAUGUUGAACCAAUUACAGAGGAGCGUGCUGCAAGGACGCUGUACCGAAUCGAGCUCCUACGGAAGGUCCGUGAGCAGGUGCUGCGGUGUCCGCAGCUGCACGAACGGCUUAAACUUUGCCGUCCUAGCCUGUACCUUCCUGUGUGGUGGGAGUGUGGUAAGCAUGACCGGGAUCUGCUCAUUGGCACAGCUAAACAUGGGCUGAACCGUACAGACUAUUACAUCAUGAAUGACCCCCAGUUGUCAUUUUUGGAUGCCUACAGAAACUAUGCACAGCACAAAAGGACAGGGGUUGUUGGAGCAGAAAACUUGUGUUGCCACCAUCAGGCAAAUUCUAAACUGUAUUGCUCCCCUUCAUACAACCAAGUGGAAAGAAAGCGCAUGUCUGCAGAGGCCGAAACCGAGAGCUGCAUCAAGCUAGCAAACUCAGGCAACAGUCUCUCCCAGGCAGAAAACAUUUCUCAGGAUGGCAGCUGUGAAAACUUCAUGUCUAAAGUCCGGGGUAUGAUUUCCAUUAACUAUGAUGAGAGCUCUUUGCCUGACUCUUUGAUGUGCAUGAUGUAUGAUGAAAAAGCCUGCAAUAGUGAGCACAGCUCCCUUGCCCGUGACAGCCCCAGCUGCACAGAUAUUAGCAGCAAUACUACGAAAAUGGCGGAGGGCAAAAUAGAAGGGGAUGAAGACCUCUCUAGCUGUGAUGCUGAGACUACAAGAGAGCCCUCCUACCUGGAUCAUUUACAAUUUGGCACUGACCAAAUGGAGGGUCCAAACACAGCGCAGGAGCCUUUAGUCGAGGAGGCAAAGCCCUCCAAGAGCUUUCCUGUGGAAUCUUGUAGCGCCCUUCAGCACAUGGAGAGUCAGUAUGCUAGCCCAGGAUCAGUCCCAUUUGAAAGAGAUGGCAUGGAAGGGGUCCUCAGCAUUGGAGUGUACGGCCCCACUCUUCACAACUUUGAUAUCAAAGUCCACCCUGAGAAGAGAUUCAUGGGUUUGUUGCAUGAAAAGGGCUUGGAGGAGAAAUCAGUGCAAAGUCAGAGCCACAGUGAAGAGGAGGAAGAGGAAGAGGAAGAGGAGGAAGAGGAAGACCAUCUGGAGGCAGCUGCUGACACAGUGGAAAAUUUGAGAGGCUGCUUAAAAAUGCCAGAUGGUGACAAAGCCAAUCCCAGGACGCAAGAGGACCAGAAGCACAGUUCAUGUAUUCUCACCACUCUGGAUGCACUCAUGGAGGAAAGGAAUAAGGAGCUGGUGGAAUCAAUCUCAAGUGAGCAGGCAGCAUCCAAAUGUGACAGUGACCCUGGGGUGGGGGAUGACGAUCAAGCUGAAUGUGAGAGUCUUGAGGAGCACACCCCAGCCUUGCCGGAGAUCCAGGCCUGCCACCACCACUUCCACCACCACCACCACCACCACCCUGCACGUAGCCAAACGUCAGCAAUUCAGAUGGAGCUCCUUAAGUCACAUCCUGUUUGCAUGGAAGCAGACCCCUGGGGUGAUGAUGCUGAGGAGAAAAGGGCAAGUCCUGUAGGCCAACCCCUCUGUAGGAAUGAAAUAAAGAGAGAAGAGGAAGAGUGUGAGAAUCAGGACUUAGAGAAGAGGGAGGGAAUCAGCCAAAAUCAAGAUUGUUUUGAGAAGUUUGCUGAAGAUGAAAGUAAGAGUUCCAUGUUUGCUGUGCCUGGAGAGAUGGAUGAGCUUCAAGAUGUCCGAGCGCCUACCAUAGCUCAACUCUUGCAGGAGAAGACACUCUACUCUUUCUCAGAGUGGCCUAAGGAUCGAGUGAUCAUUAACCGCCUAGACAACAUCUGUCAUGCCAUCUUAAAAGGCAAGUGGCCUUCUUCCAACCAGCCAUUUGAAAUACAGAGCAUGAUGCCUACACCUGCAUUAGCCAGCAAUACUGCUGGCAACAGGAACAGCUACACUGAGCCGGAAGCCUCUGAACCCAGCUUCAGCAAUGGAGUUAUAACUACACCGGUCGAAAAGGAAGAUUUCCUGGCACCCACUUUUGUCAAAGACGAACACAAGCACCGGCAACCGUAUGAAUUUGAGGUUGACAGAGAUGCCAAGCAGCGGAGCCUUGAACAGCUGGUUGCAUCCCACCCCCAUCCUUCAAUUGUGUUGAAUGGUUGGCGGGAUGCAGCAGUGGACCUCUCAAGAGUGCCUGAUGGAUCCCCAGCAAGCAGCUCUCCUUUCUCCCUGAGCACAAGUAUACCUAAGCUAGGGACAAUGAGCGCCCUCCAGGGCUCCCUUGGUAUGGAUUUGUCUGGUAUACUUCAGGCUGGAUUGAUUCAUCCUGUCACAGGACAGAUUGUAAAUGGGAGCCUACGAAGAGACGAUGCUGCCAUGAGGAGAAGACGGGGCAGAAGAAAAAAUGUGGAAGGGAUAGACCUCAUCUUUUUGAAGGAGAGAAGCCCCCAGACAGGGCUGCUGGAAGAUCAAACGCAGACUGUACCAAGUAAUUCUAACCCUGAUGGGCCAGCCGUUACUACCUCAAGUCAACAGACAGCACCAGCUACUAAUGUCCAGGCAGAAAAGAUUGUUCCAAACAAGAGUCUUUUGGACUGGCUGAGGCAGCAGUCUGAUUACACUCUUGAAAUCCCUGGUUUUGGCACAAAUUUUUCAGAAAAGCCUAAACAAAGAAGGCAGCGCUGUAAGGACCCAAGUAAACUGGACAUAAACUCUCUCACAGGAGAGGAGCGAGUGCCUGUGGUCCAUAAGGGUACAGGACGGAGGUUAGGGGGCGCUAUGGCACCAGCACUGAAGGAACUGCCAAGGUGGCUUGAUGCAAACAUGGAGUAUGCUGUUGCAGCAGACUGGUCUGACAUUGUUAAACUUUCAGGUUUUUUACCUGAAAGCAAGUUCAAUCGUAUUCUCACUGAGCCUGUACUCCGAGAUGCUGGGCCUCGACGGAGAGGAAGGAGGCCAAGAAGUGAACUGUUUAAAACUCCUGGCAUAGUAGCAGAUGCUUCUUCUGGAAUGGGACCAUUAUUCAUGAACGGACUUAUUGCUGGAAUGGAUUUAGUAGGACUUCAGAGUAUGAGAAACAUGCAAGGCAUUCCUUUAACUGGGCUGGUUGGGUUUCCUGCUGGAUUUGCAGCAAUACCUGCUGGUGAGGAUGUCAAAAGCACUCUGAGUAUGUUGCCAAUGAUGUUACCAGGCAUGGCUGCUGUACCACAAAUGUUUGGUGUUGGAGGACUUCUCAAUCCAUCAAUGACAACUACUUGUACAUCAACUGCUCCAACUUCAUUAGCAAGCACAACUAAAAGUGGUACAUCACAUUCAGACAAGGAUGCUGAAAAUCAGAGCGCCCAAGGUGCAAAAACAGAAACACUUUCUGAAGACAAGUCGGAUCCUAGUUCAUUUUCUGAUCAGUCAGAACCUGCAAUAACUACCAGUAGUCCUGUAGCUUUUAACCCAUUUCUUAUUCCAGGAAUGUCAUCUGGACUGAUCUAUCCCUCAAUGUUUCUUUCUCCUGGUAUUGGCAUGGCAUUGCCAGGCCUUCAGCAAACUAGACACUCAGAGGCAACAAAUCUAGAAAGCCAGAAACGGAAGAGAAAGAAAACUAAAGGGGAAUUAGCAAAUCCAGAACCAGAAACUCUAUCGCUGUCUGACAAGGAACAUGCAGCAAACAAUCAAAACUGUACAGAACAACAAACACCAUCCGUGUCAGCAGAGAACGAACAUGAAGUACCAGCAGAGGAGGAGGAGGAGGAGUUAAAAGAAGUUACAGAUAUCAAUUAGAACUUUUGUUUCUUUCUGAAAAAAUAAUAAUAUUGUGGCUUGUAAGUUUCUCAUCCCAUAAAUAUUUGUUACUGCCCUCUGUCGCUUCACCUUCAUAAAAAAAACCUGUGUUUCUAUAAGUAAUAUUAUCUACUUAAUUCUUGGUAAGAAAACUAUGGUGACAUGUUGGUAGUUGCAGGAUCUUGCCAUAGAGAUAAGCAGUGUUUUAUAAUUAAUAUGGGAGGCACAGAAUUCUUGUUCAGCCAUCCACCUGUUUAUCCUUCCCUUUUCCCAAACAGUAGUAAAUAAGAAGUUGGUCAUCCCCAAAACUGCUUGCUUGUUUGAGGGAAAAAAUCUGACAAAAAGGAAGUGCUUACCUUGUGAUGGAAACACAGAAAAAGAUAGAUGUUUUUACAAUGACACUGAAAUUUAAAAAAAAUCUUGUAUUUUGGGGUAAAAAGCACAGUUAUAGUAAGUGCUAAUGUGUAUUUUUUGAUUUAAAGUAUUUCCCUAUUUUAUCAUGGUUACUAGAAUAGCAGUAUAGACAGAAGUAUAUAACUAAUGAUUGAAAAUACAUAUUAUUCAUUUCUUUUUUAAAAAAGGCAUUAAUAGUAGAUAAUUUCCUCCUGUUCACACUACAAAGUUUUGGAAACAAACUACUGUACGUGGAAAGAUUACCCGAACUUUUAUAUUUCUAAAACCAAAUCUUGUUUUAUGUUUUAAAGGUGCAUUUCACUUGUCCUUUCUUUAGUUCUUAGGCCAUUUCCAGCUCCUGCUGAGAAAUCAACACACAUCUUGCAUGGGUUUUUUUGGGUGUUGUGGUGGAGGUGGUAGGGGCUUAAUAACUACCAGGUAUUUUUUCUUGUCUUGCUAUAUUCAUUUUUCACAAAGGCCUUUGAAAAAUGAAGGGCCUUCAUUUCUCCCCCGUUUUGCUCCCAGGGGAUGAGGAAACCACUGAUUUUAAUUUUCUUAUGUGGGAACUGGAUUUACUUCAUCAAUUCUUCUCCUUCCCUGAGUAAUGAUGUUUAUUUUUGAAAACACAAUUUUUAAAAAGCUGUAGGAUGGGCUUUUUCAUUUAGAUGGUCUUUGGCCAGGACUGUUGACCAUUUCAAAGCUUGAGUUUAUCAUCCAUUUCUAGGAUUAGACUGUGAAAACAUUUUUGCUCCUUCUUUCCAUUCCUCUUGAUUCCCCUUGCACUGUUGAAUAGUAUUUCCCAACAUCUCUGCACAUACAUUUUGUGUAAGUAUUUAAAAUGAAACUCUUUAAAAACAGGUUUCCAAAGCUCUGUGUGUUGAAACGCCCUCCAACAGGCAACUCUUAUAUAGUUCUCUUUAUGGCCCACUCCUAUGUCACUUUUCUUUCACUUGGGCUUGUUCUAAUUUACAGCUCAUGGUUCGAGACUUGAAAAAAAAAACACUUUGUGGUGCGAUGUUUAAAUGGCAGACCUUUAGAUGAGCUUGGGAGUGUAUGCUAGUAUUCAGUUUCACAAUUGGUUUGUCACAAUUUACUGUAUUUUUUACUUAUAUUUUUUUCUGUUACAGUUUUGCUAAUUUAUCAGAUGGUCCAAAUGUUUUGACAUAACUAUUUCAGUUUGCAUUAUUUAUUUAUGAUGCUUUUUUCAUUGUCUUUUAUACAUUUGGGGUUAUAAAGUAUGUACAUGUUAAAAUUAGCAUCUCAAAGAAGUCUGUUACCCAUGAACUAAAAUUAAGUCUGUAUGUUGCAGUGAUUUUAUUCUCCAUUUACUGGGUUGGAAUUAAUUUCAACAAUUUAUACAAUUGGUGUUGUGGGGGGUGGGGGGAAUGGACUAUGUCAUAGGCCCUAUUUAAUGCCACCCUGUAGCACAGAUGCUGUAUCACUAUUGACAGAUUUCUUAGAAAUGCUGCUAUCUCUGUUUAACUAACAUUUCUUCAGUUUUGCCUCCAGUGGAAGCAGAGAGGUUUUUUUCAGCUGUUAAAUCCAAAAUCAAUAUAAUUUAUUUAUGUAAAAAAAAUCACUUGAUAUAUUUUUGAACCUUUUAAGUACUAACUUUUUAUUUAGUAGAGAAACAUGUACUUGCCCUAAAUCCUUAAAAUACAAAUGAUAUAAAACUUCAUAUAUCUUGAAAGCCUUACUGUGAAUGGAUGCAGAUGUCUCUCUGGGGUCUAUUUGUAAUAUAUCCAAGGAUUAUUUGCCAGGGUUACAUUCGUAAGGAACAGGGUUGAUACUGAACUUUAUUUUGUUUGUCAGCAUGUUCUAUAUACCUUGUUCUUUCUUCUUUACUGUGUGUGUCUGAGUGUAUAGGCUUCUUUCUGACUUUUAAUGUGUGACCCUUUUGCAGUGAUGGAGCUGUUAUGGCUUAUUUACAGUGAAAGGCAUAAAUGGCUACUUUUUUACCAUAACCAUCUUCAAGAGCAAAUGCAGAUUUCCCACUUAUUUCAUGAACACUCACACAAACAUAGAUGCUUCAUCAAAUGUGCUAUUAAAAUAAACUGUCUGUGCUUGUAAAAAAUGAUAAAUAGAUUUAAAAGUCAGAUUUUAAUUUUUUAAUUUAGUGCCUAUAUUACGCGUUUUUAAAACCUUG